CAGAGCAUCAACAACGAGGCUUCCAGUGGAAACAGCGUGUUAAUUGUGGGAAUACUAAAGCUAUGAGUGUUACCAAGACGUAUGGUAUGACCCCUCCGAUCUCUGUGGAGGGGCCAACGCCAACAGAGAACGUGCUGAACGAUGAAUUGGUGAAAGAGUUGAAGAAACAAGGGUCUUUCGAAAGCGAGGAGGCGACGAAGAGAAGAGUUGAGGUGUUACAGAUCUUUCAACAGCUGGUCCAACAGUUUGUGUAUAAAGUCUCAAGGAACAAGAACAUGAGUGAAGGCAUGGCAAAGGAUGCCGGUGGUAAGAUUUUCACGUUUGGUUCUUAUAGAUUGGGUGUUUACGGGCCAGGCUCGGAUAUCGACACAUUGGUUGUUGUGCCAAAGCAUGUCACCAGAGAAGACUUCUUUACAGUCUUUGACGAAUUGCUCAGACAGAGACCAGAACUCGAAGAGAUUGCGCCUGUUCCUGAUGCGUUUGUCCCCAUCAUCAAGAUCAAGUUCUCGGGAAUAUCGAUUGAUCUUAUCUGUGCUAAGCUGGAUAUACCACAGGUGCCUUUAGAUCUAUCAUUGGCAGACAAGAACUUGUUGCGUAAUUUGGACGAAAAGGACCUGAGGGCUUUGAACGGAACCAGAGUUACUGACGAGAUAUUACAGUUGGUUCCGAAGCCAGUGGUGUUUAAGCUGAGUUUAAGGGCAAUCAAGCUGUGGGCUCAGAGACGUGCGAUCUAUGCCAACGUGUUUGGAUUCCCAGGUGGUGUUGCAUGGGCAAUGUUGGUGGCUCGUAUAUGUCAACUAUACCCUAAUGCUGUGUCGGCAGUGAUUGUGGCUAAAUUCUUCCAUAUCUAUACCCAAUGGUCGUGGCCACAGCCUGUUCUCUUGAAGCCUAUUGAAGAUGGCCCAUUACAGGUGAGAAUUUGGAAUCCUAGGGUUUAUGCCCAAGAUCGUCAGCACAGAAUGCCGGUGAUUACACCAGCUUAUCCAUCGAUGUGUGCUACGCAUAAUAUUAGUGCUUCUACGCAGAAGAUAAUAAUGGCUGAAUUACAAAGAGGUUCAGCGUUGAUGCAAGACAUCGUCGCACAUAAGAAGCCAUGGUCAGAUCUCUUUGUUAAGCACGAUUUCUUCUACAAGUACAAGUUCUAUUUGACCAUAAUUGCAUCAACUAGAGGUGAUGAUGAACAGCACUUAAAAUGGAGUGGGUUAGUGGAAUCGAAAUUGAGACUGUUGGUUCAGAAACUGGAGACCUUCCCAGGGAUUAAUACCGCACAUCCUUACGUGAAGGAGUUUGAGAAGACAUAUGAAUACGAUACUAAAGAGCAGGCCAAAUCAAUUGAAUCCAAAUUCGGGAACUAUUCAACCGAAUCGGAGCUGCAAAAGUAUAAGGAAGUUGUUAAAGAUGAAGAUGCGAAGAAAGACGAAGGAACAGAUGACACGGAGAAGAAGCAUUUACACCUGACGGCUUUAUACAUUGGACUGGAUAUCACUGUUAAUAACGAUGCGAAGAAGUUUGAUAUCCAUGUUCCAUGUAACGAUUUCUUUACUCUAUGCCGUUCUUUCACAGAGUAUAGCGAUCCAUCGGUCUACUCCAUCAGCAUAAAACAUGUCAAGUUGUACGACCUACCAAGCUUUGUCUAUGACGAAGGGGAGGCAAGACCCGUGAAGACUAAGAAACGCAAGAAUAUAAAAGGUGAGCAAGCAGUGAAAAGACCUAAAGCAGAAGCUACAAAAUCAUGAAGGGAAUCAUCCUGUAUAUAAUCUUGGCAAUCUAUCCAUAUACAGAGGAGAUCGGUGUGUUUUAAAAUGGUUAAUCUAGUACUCAGAACUCAGUUUAGAAUCACCAACACCUUUUCGUAGAUUGUAAAGACGAUACCACCACUGAGGAUCAAUC